AUCGGUUCAUACUUGACUGUAGAGAGAGAGAGAGUGAGAGAGAGAAUGAGCGGAGAAGGGAAAGUGGUGUGCGUAACAGGGGCGUCGGGAUUCAUUGCUUCAUGGCUGGUGAAGCUGCUGUUGGACCGUCGCUAUACCGUCAAAGGCACCGUCCGAAGUCUUCAUGACCCAAAGAAGACAGAACAUUUACUAGCACUAGAUGGAGCAAAGGAAAGACUUAAACUCUUUGAAGCAAACCUAAUUGAUGAAGGAUCUUUCGAUACUGCUGUCCAAGGUUGUGAUUGUGUCUUUCAUACAGCAUCUCCUGUUCUUAUGUCAGUCGAUGACCCAAACUUAGAAUUGAUUGAUCCUGCCGUAAAAGGAACACUUAAUGUUCUCAAUUCCUGUUCUAAAGUCCCAUCUAUCAAAAGGGUAGUUAUAACAUCAUCAAUGGCUUCUGUUAUUUUCAAUGGAAAACCUUUGAAUGCUGAUGUUGUAGUUGAUGAGACUUGGUUUUCUGAUGCAGCUUAUUGUCAACAAAUAAAGAUGUGGUAUAUGGUUUCAAAAACUUUAGCUGAAGAAGCUGCUUGGAAAUUUGGUGAAGAAAAUGGGAUGGAUUUGAUUACAAUCCAUCCUGGAUUUGUUAUAGGUCCUCUUUUACAGCCAAAUUUGAAUGUAACCAGUGAGGCUAUUCCCAACCUCAUAAAAACAGGACAUGACUUUUUCUCUGACGGAAGAUAUCGAUAUGUGGAUGUUAGAGAUGUGGCGUUUGCUCAUAUUAAAGCGUUUGAAGUUUCUUCGGCUAAGGGGAGGUACUUGAUGGUGGGAACUGUCGCAUAUUCCUCCGAGGUUGUCAAGAUUUUGAGACAACUUUAUCCUGCUCUUAAUUUGACAAAUACAAUUAGGGAAGAGGAUUUGAAGAAGCCGAAGCCACCAUUGUAUAAUGUAAGCAAGGAAAAGGCAAAGAGUUUGGGAGUUGAUUUUCUUCCUUUGGAGGUGAGUGUAAAGGAUACAAUUGAAAGCCUUGUGGAAAAGAAACUCCUCACUUUCUGAAGCAAAUAGCAAAUUAUUGUGAUUCCAUUUAUAAGUAUGUUUCAUAGAUUUGUAUUUGUUGUACUAUCUUAAAGUUUCAAUGGAAUAACUCCAUUUUUUUACUUCAAUUAGAACUUGUUUGAGUUUUUUUAAAGGAUUUUUACUUAAAAUCUAAUCAUCAUAUCAUCAA